AUGGAGGAAGGAGGUGGAAACGAGCAACUGCACAGAAGUUCUACUGUUAGUGUUGAUGUUGAUGAUAAUGCAUUCUCAAAUCAAAAUCAGAAUUUUGAUGAUGAUGAAAAUGACUCGAAAUUCAAUGUUAGUGGCAGUGACAUUGAAGGUUCAAAUUCUGAUGAAUGGAGUGUGGAUGAUGAAGAUAAUGUGGGGUUAGAUAGUGAUACCGGGAUGGUUGUAAUGGAUAAUUAUGACCCAUAUGCUGCUGAUGUAUGGGUAGAUGAUGGAGAAGAUGAUGAUGGGGAUGGAAAUUACUUUGCAAAGUUGUACCGAAAUGGGGAAAUGUUUGAAGAGAAAGAGGAUGGGAAGAUUGAAUUGAAACCCUGGCAACUUUUUUGUGAUAAAAACCAUUUGAGGGAUGUAGUGAGAGAUUAUUGUAUCCAACGUGGGUUUUCAGUAGUGGUUGAUAGAGCCAACAAUUCCAUUUACAUUGUCUACUGUUCAGCCGAGGGGUGUGAGUGGAGGCUACAUGCUUCCAGAUUAGCAGAUGGGUUCACUUGGGCUACCAAGUCAAUCAAGAAUCCUGAGCAUACUUGCCUGGGUUUGGAGAUCCGAAACCCUAUGGUCACAACAAAAUGGGCUAGUAGAGUGUUGUUGGAAGACAUUAGGGCCAACAAUGAUAUUUCUGCAAAGUCGUUGAACUUGUUGUUAUGGAACACGUUUAAGGUUAACAUGGCUACAAGUACAUUGUACAGAGUGAGAGCAAGGGCACUAAUUGAAAUACAUGGUGGGUUUGAUGAAUCAUAUGCUCAUUUGCCUGGUUACUAUGGACUAAGGCAGGGUGUUAGAGGUUUUGUUGGUGUUGAUGGAGCUCAUUUGAAAGGGAAUUAUGGGGGUGUAUUGUUAUCUGCAGUGGCAUUAGAUGGGAACAAUAAGUUGUUCCCAUUUGCAUGGGGAAUAGUGUCAAAUGAAGAUGCAGACACUUGGGUAUUGAAGUUGCAUUUAACAAGUUGUGGCCGAAAGUGGAUAGGAGAUUUGCACCAAACAUUUGUCCGGCAACUGGAAGAAGCAUUUCCUGGUCUACUCAUGCUUUCUCUAUUUUGGAAAGCAACAGGGGCCUACUCAACUUUCACAUUCAGAAAGGCCAUGGAGCAAAUAGAUAAGGUGGGAAAGGGAGGAAGGUUGUGGCUGGCCAAACUUGGUGAUCAGGCUAGAUGGAAUGUAGACCGGAGGAAUACUAUGGUGAGAUUAGCUACUAGAAGACAAAUGUGUGAAGAGUGGACAAGGAAUGACAUAUGUCCAAAUAUUGUGAAAAGGGUUCAAAAGCUUUGUCAUGAUUCUAGGACUUGCCAUUCAUUUCAUUGUUCUGAAGGUGAGUUUGAGAUAUUUGAAGGUAAAUCUUACCUACCUGUAAGCUUGAACAAUCAAACUUGUAUUUGUGGACAAUGGCAAAUUUCUGGAAUUCCAUGUAGGCAUGGGAUGAGGGCCAUAUUAGAUGCACAACUUGACCUUCAUGCUUUUAUUGAUGAGUGGCAUUCUGUCCGAAAAUACAAGUUAGCAUACUCUAGUGGCAUAAAGUCUAUACCAGACUUUGAGCAAUGGCCUGGUAUGAACGUGCCAAAGAUAUUACCAUCCGAGCUAACAAGAGGAAUUGGAAGGCCAUGUAGGAAUAGAAAGAGAGAUGAUACUAAAGAGAAGAAGGGGAAGAGAUCAUGA